AUGCCGAGUGGAGAAUUGAAUGAUGCUGCUUUGGCUGCUAUAAAGGAGAAGAUAGGUCAAGAUACCAUUGAACAGAAUUUCAAUAUUUCAUCACAGGAUUUCCAGAUCCUAGCAACGAUCAGGUACGACCCUCAUUUCACACAUGUAUUUGAACCCGAUGGCAACGAUUCUGUUGAAUAUGAUCACUGUUUAUCUCAGCUUGACCCUCAAUUGACUAGUCUUAUGGAUAGUUCUAGUUUCUUGCAGAGUGAUGACAGUGGAAGUUUAGGGAAUGGGCUGUUGGAUUAUCUUGACAGUUCAAGCGUGAAUUCUAGUCCGAUUUCAGAGGGGUUUGAGUUCAACGCUAGUAGUGCUAUCCAAAGAGAUCCCGUUUUCCAAUCGUUGUAUGGUACCAAUUACUCACACACUCAACAGGGAGAAGCGACCGUCGAUGAUGUUGAUAUAUGGAGCAUAUAUUAUGACAGAUUUUUCUUGUUGGGAGAACACUAUAAGAGGUUGAAAUUGGCUUUGGCAUUUUUCCAAUGGAAACUAGCACUCACUCCCAGGAUGCUCUUGACCCAAUUGAUUCAUUCUUUACCGAUUCAAGAGUCUUUGUCCAUUGAGGAUAAGAUGAAAGCACUUUUGUCGGCAAGUACUCCAUAUAAGAUGAGGGUCCUGGUGAAUAAAGAUGGUACCAUGAAGAUCGAGGCACAUGAACUGCCGCAAUUUCUCACAACAUGUCCCUCUACUCAUGAAUAUUUAGUGCAAAACUUACUUUCAGGGUAUCUGGACCAUGCACCUACUUGGGACGUGUAUAUCAACCCGGAACCCAUUGUGGUAUCGCCGUUCACUACUUUCAAAACUACAAAAAGAGACCAUUACAACAAAGCAAGAGAAAACAUGGAAGUCUUGAAACUUAGCGUUCAAGAUCCAAGACCAAAAUCUGAAGUGUUGGUGUAUAAUGACUUGUAUCAGUUGAUGGAGGGGUCCAUCACAAAUGUCGCUGUAAAAUCGAAGCCAACUGAAAACUCAAACGCCUUCAGAUACACUACGCCGUACUUAUCAUCGGGAUGUCUAUGCGGCGUCACCAGGUAUUUCUUGCUCAGGAAAGGUUUGUUGCAAGAGGACUCCAUAGAUGUAAGAGAUCUGUCUGUGGGUGAUGAGAUCUUGCUGUUCAAUGGUAUCAUCGGUUGUGUUAAAGGUGUCAUUAGAAACUCUGUGGAUUUUUCGAAUACCUAA